CUCUUUUGUUUGUUUUUACAGUAACUGACCCAGAACUCAUUUUCAGGAAAAGCGCUUCCUUCGGAAUGGUAAAAAUAAUUAAACGAGGAAUUUGAACGUUUAUCUUUGGAUGGAAAUCGGUGAAUGAAAAGAGUGAUUAAUUCAAACCAUGUGGUAAAUUAGGAAUUUGAAGAAAAUGGAAAUGUUUACAUUUUUGUGGACAUAUAUUUUUCUACCCCUGGUAAGAGGGCACAGUCUUUUCACCUGUGAACCAAUUACUGUUCCCAGAUGUAUGAAAAUGGCCUACAACAUGACAUUUUUCCCUAAUCUAAUGGGUCAUUAUGAUCAGAGAACUGCUGCUUUGGAAAUGGAGCUUUUUCUUCCUCUUGCAAAUCUGGAAUGUUCCCCAAAUGUUGAAACUUUCCUUUGCAAAGCUUUUGUACCAACCUGCACAGACCAAAUUGAUGUGGUUCCACCCUGUCGUAAAUUUUGUGAGAAAGUAUAUUCUGAUUGCAAAAAAUUAAUGGAUACUUUUGAGAUCCAAUGGCCUGAAGAACUUGAAUGUGACAGAUUGCAAUACUGUGAUGAGACUGUUCCUGAGAUUUUUGAUCCACACACAGAGUUUCUUGAUCCUCAGAAGGAAACAGAACAAGUCCAAAGAGACAUUGGAUUUUGGUGUCCAAGGCAUCUUAAGACUUCUGGGGGACAAGGCUAUAAGUUCCUGGGAAUUGAGCAGUGUGCACCUCCAUGCCCCAACAUGUAUUUUAAAAGUGAUGAGCUAGAGUUUGCAAAAAGCUUUAUUGGAAUAGUUUCAAUAUUUUGUCUUUGUGCAACUCUGUUCACAUUCCUUACUUUUUUAAUUGAUGUGAGAAGAUUCAGAUACCCAGAGAGACCAAUUAUAUAUUACUCCGUCUGUUACAGCAUUGUAUCUCUUAUGUACUUCAUAGGAUUCCUCCUAGGCAACAGCACAGCCUGCAAUAAGGCAGAUGAGAAGCUAGAACUUGGUAACACAGUUGUUCUAGGCUCUCAGAAUAAGGCUUGCACCAUUUUGUUUAUGUUUUUGUAUUUUUUCACAAUGGCUGGCACUGUGUGGUGGGUGAUUCUUACCAUUACUUGGUUCUUAGCUGCUGGGAGAAAAUGGAGUUGUGAAGCCAUUGAGCAAAAAGCAGUGUGGUUUCACGCUGUUGCGUGGGGAAUACCAGGUUUUCUGACCAUUAUGCUUCUUGCCAUGAACAAAGUUGAAGGGGACAAUAUCAGUGGAGUGUGCUUUGUUGGCCUUUAUGACCUGGAUGCUUCUCGCUACUUUGUGCUCUUGCCACUGUGUCUUUGUGUGUUUGUCGGGCUGUCUCUUCUUUUAGCUGGCAUUAUUUCUUUAAAUCAUGUUCGACAAGUUAUACAACAUGAUGGCCGGAACCAAGAGAAACUAAAGAAAUUUAUGAUUCGAAUUGGAGUCUUUAGUGGCCUGUAUCUUGUGCCAUUGGUGACACUUCUUGGAUGUUACGUCUAUGAGCAAGUGAACAGGAUUACCUGGGAGAUAACAUGGGUCUCUGAUCAUUGUCGUCAGUACCAUAUCCCAUGUCCCUAUCAGGCAAAAACAGAAACUCGACCAGAAUUGGCUUUGUUUAUGAUAAAAUACCUGAUGACAUUAAUUGUUGGCAUCUCUGCCGUCUUCUGGGUUGGAAGCAAAAAGACAUGCACAGAGUGGGCUGGGUUUUUUAAGCGAAAUCGCAAGAAAGAUCCAAUCAGUGAAAGUCGAAGAGUACUACAGGAGUCAUGUGAGUUUUUCUUAAAGCACAAUUCUAAAGUUAAACACAAAAAGAAGCACCACAAACCAAGUUCACAUAAGCUGAAGGUCAUUUCCAAAUCCAUGGGAACCAGCACGGGAGCUACAGCCAAUCACGGCACUUCUGCAGUAGCAAUCACUAAUCAUGACUACUUAGGACAAGAAACUUUAACAGAAAUACAAACCUCACCAGAAACGUCAGUGAGAGAGGUGAGAGCAGAUGGAGCCAGCACCCCCAAAUUAAGGGAACAGGACCAUGAGGAACCUGCCUCCCCUGCAGCAUCCAGCUGCAGACCGUGUGGGGAGCAGACCGACAGGAAGGGCCGGGCAGGCAACGUGAGUGAUCAGAGCAGUGUGUCUGGAAGCGCGCGGAGUGAGGGAAGGCUAACUCCGAAGAGUGAUGUCUUGGAAACUGGCCCGGUACAGAGCAACAGCUUGCAGGUCCCCAGCCCUUCAGAGCCGGGCAGCCUCAAAGGCUCCACGUCACUGCUUGUUCACUCAGCUUCAGGAGUUAGAAAAGAGCAGGGCACUGGCCGUCACUCAGAUACCUGAAAACCAGGUUAUCGCGUUACUAAGAAGCGGAUUCGGGUUACACUGGAGGUGACAGUAAGUACACUGUCUUAUAAGAAUCACUGUUACAUUCUUCUUUUGCAUUUAAAGCCACGUUUACCUACUGUUACACUGGAACAAUAGAUUCUGAGAAUAUGAUUCAUUUCACGUGAAGGUUAAUGACAACACUGGACCCAAAGAACAGAAAUGUGCAGGUUAAUAAUAUUUUUUAAGUUGUGUGGAAGGCGGGAAUAUUAGAGGAAUCUUCCUUUUCUAUUUAUGAAGAUUCUACUCUUGUUAAAAGUAUUUUAAGAUCUUAUGUACUAUGCUAUUUCACUUUUAUGGUAUAAAAAAUCAAGAUUUUUCUUUGCUGAAGUAUUUAAAACUUAUCUUUUAUCUUUGUUAUGUAUUUGAAAAGUUUAUAUACAUUUGAACUUUUUUUUAGAAAUCCUGGAAUGUCUAUUCGAGUAUUUUUAUUAUGUUAUUGCAAUACCUUACUUUAGCACUAUUUUGGUAGCUUUUACACUGAAUCUCUAUGAAAAUUGAAAAAUAGUAUUCUUUUAAAGUACAAAAAAUAGUUGAUACACCAAAAGGCAUUAUAAUGGCAAUUCAUGUAAAAAAAAAUCCACUUACUCUACCUUAUCAUCUUCAAUGUGUGAAUUUAAUGAAGUCUAGUGUUUUAGGAAUUUCGCUGAUCUAUUAUGCAACUGAAAUAAGGUCCUUACUGAGUGUCUGAUGUUGAUGAUAUUGUGCUGCUUGUGGAUCCUUCUGAUUUUUUAAAUAAAAUGUCCUGAAGGAUUAGUAGAUGAAAUGUUACUCUUUUAUAAAUUAAGCCAAGUGCAAUUAAUUUCCUUUUUUUAAUAUAGCAUGACCACCCAAGAUUGCAUUCGUACAACUAUUUACAUUGCUUAUAGUUUUGUUUUAGCUGUUGGUGGUUAACAUUUGGAACACUACAGACUCUUUGCAUUUCUGCAGUAUCUUUCUCUGACAUCGUGUAGAAUUCAUUUCUGUAGAAUUCAUUUCAUAAAUAGGAUUUUGAUGAACAUUCAAAAGUGCAUGAGCAGUGUUAGUGCCAAGCAAAUGGG